AAAAUAAAAAAGCAAGGGCAAAAUGGUCAUAAAGAGUUCUGUGAUGAGAUUGAGAUGGCCCACCGAGCUAAUCCCAAUCUCCAUCUCCGUGUGUGCGUUUCAAUAUAAACUUGCGCUGAGGGUUUUUGAUUCUCUAAUCCUUACCUUGCUCUCUUAUCUGCUAUCAUUCUAUCAACUCAUGGCUUCCAAUUCGAACAAGGAAUUGGAGAAGAAUUCUCCAUCUGAUGAGAAAGAGAAAUCAAGUUUGACAGAGAACAAAACUUCAAAACCUGAGACAUCCACAGGGGAGUCACAGUCAGGACGAAGAGGGGCUCCUGCCAAUCCCUUCGAGGGAGCUGGAUUUGGCAAUCCUUUUGAUUUCUCAGCUAUGUCUGGAUUGCUGAAUGAUCCAAGUAUCAAGGAAUUGGCUGAACAGAUUGCAAAAGAUCCUUCAUUCAACCAGAUGGCUGAGCAGCUAACUAAAACUUUUCAAGGUGCAACUGCUGAAGAUGGUAUCCCACAGUUUGAUUCACAGCAGUAUUUUUCCACAAUGCAACAGGUUAUGCAGAAUCCCCAGUUUAUGUCUAUGGCCGAGCAUCUUGGUAAUGCAUUAAUGCAGGAUCCAGCAAUGUCUAACAUGCUUGACAGUUUUGCUAACCCACAGCAGAAAGACCAAAUGGAGGAAAGGAUGGCAAAAAUCAGGGAAGAUCCAACACUGAAGCCAAUUAUUGAAGAAAUAGAGACAGGAGGUCCUGCUGCAAUGAUGAGGUACUGGAAUGAUAAAGAUGUGCUACAGAAGUUGGGUGAAGCAAUGGGUCUUGCAGUUUCUGGCGAUGCAACAACUUCUGCUGGAGAUUCUGGAGCAGAUGAAGCUGAUGAAGUGGGAAAUGAAGAUGAGUCAAUUGUUCACCAGUGUGCUAGUGUUGGUGAUGUUGAGGGGUUGAAAAAUGCACUAGCCUCUGGUGCGGAUAAGGAUGAAGAAGAUUCGGAAGGAAGGACAGCAUUACAUUUUGCAUGUGGAUAUGGUGAGGUGAAAUGUGCUCAAAUCCUUCUCGAGGCUGGUGCAACUGUGGAUGCCUUGGAUAAGAAUAAGAAUACUGCACUUCAUUAUGCGGCUGGUUAUGGAAGGAAGGAAUGUGUGGCGCUAUUGCUGGAGAAUGGUGCUGCUGUCACUCUUCAGAACAUGGAUGGGAAGACUCCCAUUGAUGUUGCCAAGCUCAACAAUCAGCAUGAGGUACUAAAGCUGCUGGAGAAAGAUGCCUUCCUGUGAUUAUUGAGGCAUUGGUGUCACAUGGGCAUGUUGGAUCUGACAUGCUUUAGGCACAUUUUAGUACUGUUAGACAAAUUUGCUUUGAUUUGAUGUGUUGGCCAUGCUGCCAAUGUUGCCGUUGCUGCUGUAUGAUUGUUAUAUUGUUAGAAAAGAAAACAAUUCCCAAAAAGUUAAUUUAGUUUUUGAAAUACUGUAUUUGUGGGGAAUGGGUUUCAAGCACCAUAUAUACCACAUGUCGGUUCCAGUUCUUAAUUUUAUUUAUGGGUUUAGUGUGAGUUGCUAUGAAGAGGCACUUUUGUGACCAGAUGAAUGUUAUUCCAUUUAUAUGGUGUGACGGAAAGGGUCGUUGCUAUUUAUAUUAUUUGAAUAUCUCUCUGCGAUUAAAGGACCAUGAACCGU